ACAAACACACCCAUUGCUGAUCACAUCUCAUGUGCUGUCACUCCCCAAACCUCAAAUUACUGUAAUCAAAGGAAGCUAGAGUAACCAUGGUCCUGGUAUAAAACCAUCCCGUGGUGCACCAUCCCACAUUGUUCAGGCUCUGAGGGCACAACGACCAUGAAGGCUGUUCUGAUUGCCCUGCUGGCUGCAGUCCUGUGUGCUGAGCAAGUUUCCUCGCUGUUUUGCUACACGUGUGAAAACGAGCACUCCAACUGGAACUGUCUUAAAACCUACAAGUGUGAAGACAAUGAGAAAUACUGCACAACCACAUAUAGCUCUGCUGGCUUUGGCAAGGACAUGGGACACCGCAUCACCAAGAAGUGCUCUGUAGACUGUCCUGAGACAAACGUGAACUUCGGUGUGGCAGCUUAUUCCACCAAAUGCUGUAGUACCUCCCUGUGCAAUUUCAGCGGUGCCAACAGCAUCAAGAUCAGCUACGCCGUGAUGUUGCUGGGAGCUGUGGCUAGUUUGAUCUGUGUCAUCAAGGCAGGAUUGUGAUAAGGGGUGGGAGAAGAUGUGGCAACCCAAGAACCUACAAGGUAUUCCCCGGUACCAACCAACAUCCUCUGUCAAGUGUCUCCCACAGGGUCUAUGCUACCUUGCUUAUUCCAAGGCACUGCUUCAGAUUCCAUCCACAGAAAUGGCACAGCAGUGUAGCUCCUGUUUUCCCCUCGCUAUCAUACGUUGUUUUAUACUGAUUUUCCCUGGGAAUGCUCUUUUGAUAGCAUGUGUGUGACAAUCGCCAGGCAAAAUAAAGAUUUAUGUUAUUCUA